AUGGAUACAGGAACUUUCGAUGAUUUUUGUGGUUCAUCUUUAUGGGACGAUAACUUAACAUGGCAUUCCGACACACCAAAGUUUACUCCUUGUUGGGGAAAGACUGUUCCUAUUUGGAUUCCAAGUGGAUUUUUAUUUCUCUUUUCAAUUUUUGAUGUGUACAUUAUGUACACAAGUAAGAAAAGAGAUAUUCCUUGGAAUUGGAGAAACGAGGCUAAACUGAUAAUUAUAACCAUACUGAUUGGUCUAAGUAUAUUUGACUUCUAUAAUAUUUCUACCAGCUAUCAAGUGUAUCCAGUUGAUAUAUUUUCACUAAUUGUUAAUUUGGUUUCCUUGGUAUUUUGUAGUGUAUUAGUCAUUUUUCAUCGAAAGUAUGGUCAGCAGUCUUCAGGCUUGCUUUUUAUAUUUUGGUUUCUUGUCAUCAUUUUUGGAUCUUCGAAGUUCUUUAUUAAUUUACAAGAUCACCAAUAUGAAGAAACACAAGUUAUGAGGUUAACUUAUAUUAUCUAUUAUUGCCUGUGUUUUGCCAUGUUAUUACUUAAUUGUAUGGCUGAUUUAGCACCACAGGAUUCUGAUUAUCCUCCAGUCAAGAAUCCUUGCCCGGAUGAAUCUUCUUCUUUCCUUAGUAUGAUAACAUUCUCUUGGCUCGAUAAAACAAUAUAUCGUGGUUCCAAAAAACCUCUUUCUGUUGGCGAUUUUUGGUCGAUGAAAUAUCAAGAUUCAGCAUCACAAGUAUUCGGUUUAUUGGACAGGUUCUUAAAUCCAGUCUGUUCAAAUGAUAAAGAAUCAGUGACAAAUAAGUCUCCAGAAUAUUCAAGAAAUGAUUUUGAGAAUGACAUAAAAGGAAAUAAAAGUUCAAGAAAGAAUCCUUUCUCUAUUUUACCAGUUUUAUGCAAAUCCUUUGGCCCGAGUUAUUUAGUAGCAGCGUGCUUUAAAUUAACUGAAGAUAUAUUAAAAUUUAGUAAUCCGCAGCUUCUGAAGUGCCUCAUUGGUUUUGUUAAAGGAGAUGAACCUUAUUGGAGAGGUUUUCUCUAUGCUGCCUUAUUUUUGAUUUCGAACACAUUGCAACUCAUUUUCUUAACUCAGUAUUCUUACAGAUCAAUAUUAAUUGGUCUCCGGAUGAAAACUGCCAUUACAAUGGCAGUUUAUAGAAAGGCAUUGAAAUUGUCAAGUUCUGCUAGAAAAACUUCUACAGUUGGUGAAAUUGUAAACUUAAUGGCUGUUGAUGCUCAGAGAUUUUAUAAUAUACUUAUUGCAACGAGUAAUAUGUGGUCUAUUCCUCUACAGAUUACAUUAGCAGUUUUCUUCAUAUGGCAGAUUUUAGGACCUUCUGUUUUAGCUGGCCUUGCUGUAUUGACAAUUAUGAUCCCUAUCAAUGGCUACAUGGCCAAUUUAUCAAAAAAAUUACAAAUUAAACAAAUGAAGUAUAAAGAUGAGAGAAUUAAAAUGAUGAAUGAAAUUCUUUCAGGAAUAAAGGUAUUAAAACUUUAUGCUUGGGAACGCAGCUUUGAAGAACGAGUUCAAGAAAUAAGAGGAAAGGAAAUAAAAAUAUUAAAACAAUCUGCUAAUCUUAAGGCAGUGACAGCACUGAUUUGGUCCUGUACUCCAUUUUUAGUUUCGCUUACUACGUUUGCUGCUUAUGUUCUGGUUGAUGAAAAUAAUGUUUUGGAUGCGACAAAAGCAUUUGUUUCAUUAUCUCUGUUCAAUAUUCUGCGGACACCAAUGAUGCUGCUUCCACAAAUGAUUUCAAAUUUAAUUCAAGUUACUGUGUCAGUUAAGAGAGUUAAUAAGUUUCUGAAUAAUGAAGAGUUAGAUCCGGAUAUUGUGGGUAAUAAUGUUGAAGAAUUAAAUUCAUUGGUAAUAGAAAAUGGUACUUUCUCGUGGAUUAAUUAUGAAGAACCUACACUCAAGAAUAUAAACAUGAGAGUAAAAGAAGGUUCCUUGGUUGCUGUUAUUGGUGAUGUAGGAUCAGGCAAAUCUUCUUUAAUCUCUGCUUUCCUCGGUGAAAUGUAUAAGCUUAAUGGAAGCGUCAAUGUGAGGGGUUCCAUCGCAUACGUAUCACAGCUUUCAUGGAUACAGAACUGUUCAUUUCGAGACAACGUGUUGUUUGGAACUGCCUUAGACAUGAAAAAAUACAAUAAAGUUAUUGAAGCUUGUGCUUUAAAACAAGAUUUAGAGAUGUUGCCAAACAGAGAUCAGACUGAAAUUGGUGAAAGAGGUAUCAACCUGAGUGGAGGGCAGAAACAGAGAUUGAGCUUAGCACGAGCGAUCUACUCCAAUAGAGAUGUCUACUUAUUUGAUGACCCGUUAAGCGCCGUUGAUAGCCAUGUAGGAAAGCACAUAUUUGAAGACGUAAUCAGCUCAAAUGGGGUUCUGCGAAAUAAGACGAGAUUGUUUGUAACGCAUAAUAUAACCUAUCUCACGGAAGUAGAUGAAAUUAUUGUUAUGAAGGAUGGCAGGAUUUCAGAGGUAGGUACAUAUCAUGAACUACUACAUAGGAAAGGAGCACUAAGUGAAUACCUUGCUACAUACUCGCCAUUGGUCGAUGAGGGAAGCUAUCAAGAAGAUUCAGAUAACAAAGAGAUUGUUUCCGAUCAAUCCAAAGUUCUGGCUAAACUAGACAGGCAAAAGUCUGUAAUUAGUUCAUGUUCAUCUAUUACUAAUUCCAUGUCUAGAUCUACUGAAAAAAUCAAAGGAGGAAAAAAAGUAGGAGAAGUUAUAAUUAAUGAAGAAAAAAUGGAAGUUGGAGGAGUGGGAAUAAAAGUUUAUGGUCACUACUUCAGAGCCGUUGGAUUUGGUUUGUUAUCGGCUACGAUUAUUCUAACAGCCAUUCAACAAAGUUUCUCUAUCGGUUCAAAUUUUUGGCUCUCAGCGUGGUCUAAUGCAAAAGAUAUUGUUUCUAAUGGAACCACUGAUACCAGCAAGAGAGACAUGUACUUAGGAGUAUAUGGACUUUUGGGUGUAGCUGAGGUUGUUGCAGCUUUCAUAUCAUCUAUUUGUUGGUUUAUUGCUGCUGCUGAUGCUGGUAUCAGAAUUCAUGUUUUGCUACUUUCAAAUAUAUUUCAUUCUCCGAUGUCGUUUUUUGAUACAACACCAUUAGGGCGUAUUCUUAGUCGUUUUUCCAAGGAUAUUGAAGUUAUAGAUAAUGUGCUUUCUUACAACUUAAAGCAGUUACUCAUGUUCCUAUCAAUGGUUAUUGGAACAUUAAUCGUGAUCAGUUAUUCAACGCCUCUAUUCAUAGCUCUUAUAAUUCCAAUCGCAGUUGUAUAUUACUGGAUACAGAGAAUGUACGUGACAACUUCCCAACAGAUUAAGCGUCUAGAAUCAAUUUCAAGAUCUCCUGUUUUUUCUCAUUUUGGAGAAAGUAUUACAGGAUCCUCGAUAAUCAGAGCUUACAAUGCCCAGGAGAGGUUUAUCAAGGAAUCGGAGAACAAAGUGGAUAAUAAUCAAGUUUGCACAUUUCCUUCGAUUGCAGCAAGUCGGUGGUUGACAAUUAGACUACAAAUGAUCGGUAAUCUUGUUGUUUUCUUCUCAGCCCUUGUUACUGUUAUUAAUAAAGACUCGUUGAGUCCUGGCAUCGUGGGUCUCAUGAUAACUUAUGCACUUCAGAUAACUCUAUCGUUAAACUGGAUAGUCACUAAUUUUGCUGAAGUUGAGACUAACAUAGUUUCUGUGGAGAGAUUAAAAGAAUAUUCAGAAACACCACAGGAAGCUGCUUGGGAUUGUACUAUUAACAUUGUUGGCAAAGAUUGGCCGCACGAAGGUAAAGUGGAAUUUAUCGACUACAAAGUCAGGUAUAGGGAAGAGCUUGACUUAGUGCUUAAGGGAAUCAAUCUUGUUAUAAAUGGUGGUGAAAAGAUUGGUAUCGUGGGCCGCACUGGUGCUGGUAAAUCAUCUAUAACAUUAGGUCUGUUCAGAAUCAUAGAAUCUGCUGGUGGUAAAAUUUUGAUUGACGGUAUUGAUAUUUCGAAACUGGGACUUCAAACUUUGAGAUCUCAUCUUACGAUUAUCCCUCAGGACCCUACACUAUUUUCUGGUAGUUUGAGGAUGAACCUCGAUCCGUUCGGGUAUUACAGCGAUGAACAGAUAUGGAGAGCUCUAGAACUUACUUGCCUUGAUUCUUUUGUAAAAAAGUUACCGGCUAGAUUGCAGCAUGAAGUUACAGAAGGCGGUGAAAAUCUAAGUGUUGGCCAAAGGCAGCUCAUCUGCCUCGCAAGGGCCCUUCUUCGCAAGACAAAAAUUUUGGUCCUCGAUGAAGCUACUGGAGCUGUUGAUUUAACAACUGAUGACUUCAUUCAAAACACGAUUCGAACAAAAUUUGCUGAUUGUACUGUAUUGACAAUAGCUCACAGGAUUAACACCAUAAUGGAUUAUGAUAGAGUUCUAGUGCUGGAUCAAGGAUGUGUUUUAGAGUAUGAUCCUCCUGCAAUUCUCUUAGAAAACAAAUCAUCAGCGUUCUACAAAAUGGCUCACGAUGCAGGUCUCGUAUAA